ACUUUCAACUCUUGUUUCAGAGAGAGAGAGGACAAAGCCAAAGCCAGAGCCAAAACCAGAACCAAAGCUAAAGCCAUUUGUUGCGAAGAAGAAGAACAGUAAACCAGUUGUCUUUGUAGAAUUAAAAUCUCGAAGACAAACCCAAAUUCCAUUUUUCUUUCCUUUUUUUUCCUUUCAUUUCUUUGACUCUCCCUGAUGAAAGUCAAUUUAUAGAUUGCAGACGAGAAAGGAAUAAAUAAGAAGAUAUCCACAUAUCCAUUUCCUUUCCAUUUCAAUUCUCCUAGAAAAUCCAAAAAAACCUAAUUUUGCGUGCAGAGAUAGAGAAGUUAGGUAGAGAGAUAUAGCAUAUAGGGAGAUUUGGGUUUCGUUUAGUUUGUUUAUUUUUUUUUCAUUUAUUUUUGGUUUGAUUACCAUGGCUGCUGUUGCGGAGAAUGCGAUUGGUUCGGAUGAUCAGUUCAUCCAUCAUCGCGCUUCCUCGACUGCUGCUGCUGCUCCGGCGUCUGAGUUUCAACGAGACGUUCGGCAGCUCGUUGAUUUGCUCUCGAAAUUGAACCCGUCGGCCAAAGAAUUCUUCCCGUCUUCUUACUCGCCCGAUCGUCUGUCACAUUCUCAAUCGCCGCCCAAUAAUUUAUCUGGGGUGAUUAAGGAUUUUAGUGAUGAUGGGAAUUCUAAUUACCGGAGGAAAAAGAACGACUACAGUCAGGGUAAGAGGAGGUUGAAUGGGAGGACGCUUAGAGCUCAGAGAGAAGAUAGCAUUAGGCGAACUGUAUAUGUUUCUGAUAUUGAUCAGCACGUCACCGAAGAACGACUUGCGGCAUUGUUUACUACUUGUGGACAGGUAGUUGAUUGCCGUGUUUGUGGCGAUCCCCAUUCGGUUCUUCGCUUUGCAUUUAUAGAGUUUGCUGAUGAGCAAGGUGCAAGGGCAGCUCUGAACCUUGCUGGGACAAUGCUAGGAUACUAUCCUGUCAGGGUUUUACCUUCAAAAACUGCUAUCCUGCCUGUGAAUCCUACAUUCCUUCCCAGGUCAGAAGAUGAACGGGAAAUGUGCGCCCGGACAGUCUAUUGUACAAAUAUUGACAAGAAGGUUUCUCAAACUGAUGUAAAGAACUUCUUUGAAUCAAUUUGUGGUGAGGUUUCUCGCCUGAGGCUUUUGGGGGAUAAUGUUCAUUCAACACGCAUAGCAUUUGUUGAGUUUGCUGUGGCAGAAAGCGCUAUUGUUGCACUAAAUUGCAGUGGGUUGCUUUUGGGAUCCCUCCCUAUUAGAGUUAGUCCUUCAAAAACACCAGUGAGGCCUCGAGUUCCUCGGGCAACAAUGCACUAACAAAUGACAAGGUGGGAUCAAGAUUUAUGCGUAAAUUGUUGUGUUCCCUGGAGAGAGAGAGAGAGAGAGAGAGAGAGAGAUGGUAUGUUGUGUUGAAGGGGUGGUGAAACUUCAUUUUUUCAGUAUAUAACCAUCUUUUCGUGGCAACAUUUCCUGCAUCCAAACCUUCAAGCUUUCAAGUUGUAACAGAGUUGGCUUGUUCUAGCUUUCAAUGUUCAUAUUGUUUUUUCUUUUGUUUUUUUUUUUUCACGUCUCUAAUUGACUUUUGGAGUGCUUGAUUCAGUUAAUAGAAGAGGCAAUGUUUGCAAGAGAACAAUCUUGCUAUCAUA